CCUCCACGAUUCGGUCUGAUAGAUAGGUCCCCCGAUCGCUGGUCCAAGUUAACAGAAAAGGUCGAGAGGCUGAACUCGGAAUCGGAGGAAUCGGAAAAAUACAAGGUCAUCUUCCUCGGUAGACACGGAGAGGGUGUCCAUAAUGUCGCUGAAGCGAAGUAUGGCUCCAAGGAGUGGAACCGGCAUUGGGCAAGAAAAAAUGGCGACGGGAAAAUGACUUGGGGCCCGGACCCCGAGCUGACCAGCCGCGGCGUCAGCCAGGCUGAACUCGUCAAUAAGUAUUGGAAAGACGAGAAAGAACGACAAGCGGGUCUUCCAGAACCCGAGAUGCUUUACAGUAGCCCAUUCACGCGCGCGUUGGACACAUGCAAAAUCAGCUUUGCGGACAUACUAAGUCGCGGACAGAAGACGCUCGUUGUCGAGAAUAUUCGUGAGCAUAAUGGGGUAAACACGUGCGAUAAGCGUAGGACGCGCUCAUAUAUCGACAAAAGGUUCCCUGAGUUUGAUAUCGAGGAUGGGUUUACGGAAGAGGACGAGCUGUGGGAGAAAGAUAGGCGUGAAACAGAGGAGGAGAUGGAAGACAGGGCUAGGAAGGUGAUGGACCUAGUUUUUGAGAGACCAGGCACUUCAGUUGUCAGCAUAACUGCUCAUAGUGGUUGGGCGAGGGUUGCUCUGCGCGUGGUGAAUCAUGACGCUUAUAAGCUAAGCACUGGCGGU